UCCUGGGCGCAGGGCUUACUGGAGGAACAGGAAGGACAGGGGCCACCAGUGACCCGAGGCUCCUUCAUGUCCAGAUUGGAGCCAAGAGAAUGGAAGGACAGACAGAGAGACACAUAGACACACUCAGGGCUGCAAGAAACCUACAAUUUCCUUGAGAUCAGAGCAGUUAUCGUUUCAGAUGCUCUGAGGUCAAUCUGGCUGGCAUAUCAGGCCUACAUGGCAAAAGGAGCUCAGAGUAGUGAGUCCACUGGCCCAAGGUCACACAGUAAAACUGCUCCAGAGCUGGGACUCCAUCUCCUGGGGGCGGGUUUAGGAAGGAAUGUUCUUCCUGUUUGGUACCCUGGGCAAUGGGGCUAUCCCGGCUCUGUGACCUGGAGCAAGUGACUUCAUGUCUCUGAGCCCUGGCUUCCUCAUCUGAAAACUGGGAGUCAUGCAUGUUCUUCCCUCUCAUGUUGUCACCAUGGCCAUGAGCUCACGAGAGAUGCUGGCUGGGCUGGGCCACCUCAUAGACUUGGGGUGAGAAGUCCCUGUUCCUGGGGGCUGCAGCCCAUGACUCAGCCUGGCUGUCCUAGAGUCUCAUGUUGGGCAUUGUGUUACUUUUCUCUUGUUACUGAGACAAAAUACCUGACUCCCAAAGUUAAAGGGGGAAAGGUUUGUGUAACUAACAGUUUGUAGAGGUUUCAGUCCAUAAUCAGCUGACUCCAAGGCAGGGUGGCCUGGCAGAGGUGCAACACAGAGAAGAAUCAGUUACGGCAAGCAGAAGGCAGCAAAAGCAAGCAAGCAAGGGGCCUUAACAGCGUCUCUCUGCCUCUUUUAUAUUAUCCAGGCUGCUUAGGGCAGGUAGAACUCACACCCUUAAUCCCAGUGCCCUUGAGCCUAGCAUCGCACCAUGAAUCAAUCCCGGUGUCACACACUCUAGCUCCACCAGCCUAUGCUGCAUGAGGCUUUGGGGGGACAUCCAGACCCAGCCAUGACAGGUACUGUGCCAGCCCCCAGGGAACCGUCUACCAGCUGGCAGGCCUGAGGGGCAGGUUUCUGGCAUCCUGAGAGCCCCAAACCUUCACCUGUCUGAGUGGGUGGGUGACAGGUAGGGUCCCCAGCCACAGCAGGGUGCAGAACCUGGCUGGCCAGUGAGUGGGCAACAAGCAUGUCUCUUGCUGCCAUACCCCUGCUUGGAGCCCCCAGUGUCCACUACUACUUAGGCUGCAGUCCAUGCCCUCAGUGGCUGAGGCCCUGUGAUCCCCCCCAGCCUCCUUCCUGCUCCUGCAUGCCAGGCAUUGAUCUCCCCCUCAGGUCUUACCUGGAGCACUUGUCCUGCCUGCUUCUGCUGCUGCUUCUCCAGGGCCUGGUGUCCUGCAGGCCCCAGGGAGGACCCUGGGCCCCAGGCAGGCCAGGCCCCCUUCCACAUUCCCUGAGCUCUGGGUUCAAUGGCUGCAUGAUGGACCCUCCCUAGGGACCUAGUCACUCACCUUGCACAGGCCGCUCAUACCCAGGUGUGUCCGAGGGGCAGCCACACCUCCAUCUGGCUGGAAUCCUGGUGUCUCAGCUAGGAGCACCCUUAGGAAUCCCUGGGUCCUCAACAGAUGUGUAAGGAGACCUAGGCCAUGCCAGGCUCUGGGGACAGACUCCACCCUCCUGGUGGGGGGUGGGAGCAACAAUAAGAAUACAGUAAUGAAGAUGGAUUCAGCGUUGGCAAGGGCUAUGCAGGACCAAGAAGAGGGUGUGGGGAGGACGGCCAGCCUUCCCUGCAGGGCUGGGGCAGGGAGACGGAAGGACAGAAGAAGCAGGUCCUGAGCAGGUAGGGGAUGGGGAACUCUUCAGGUGGACAGGACAGCAGGUGCAGAGGUCCUGAGGCAAAUGAGCUUUGUGGGACAGAAAGCAGACGUGUGGCUGGUACGCGGGACCCUGCUCAGAAGGGGCUUGUGGCUGCAGAGAACUGAGACAUGUUCUCAGUUGAGGGGCCACGAAGGGCUCAAGCAGAGACUUCAGAUGGGAUGAAAUGCAGCCAAAGACCCAGAGGGAUGAGCACCCAGUGCCCAGGAGUUCAGGGCUCGGAAAGGAAAUGUGGGGGCCCGGAAGUGCGGCUGGGAGCGCUGCAGGUACAGCGUCCAGGGUCUCACUGCUUCUGAGCUGCCUCUUCCUGGGACUCCUGCUGUCCCCACCCUGGGGGUCCACAUCAGGGCUGGGGGGCCAGCUGUGUAGGCCACAUGGCCAAGGGACGUGGCCCCUCAGGCCCCAGUGGGAACUCUCCCCACAAAGUGCCCCAUGCUCUCGGCACUCUGGGGGGAAGCGGACAGAGUGACCUGGUCCCUGACACUCAGGCUCAUGGGCCACCAGCCCAGGCCAGCACUGUCCAUGUCCCGGACCCUACCUUUUCCUUAAGGGAGCUAGAAAAGGCCUGGUCCAGCUAGUCCGGGUCCCUGAGUGGCCACCCUGGGGCCUCAGCCUCUGCUGUCCCCCGCCCAGGAGUAAGAAAGGAAGUGACAGGGAGGAAGAGCAUCUAUUUUUACUUCCUGUCCCCGUCCUGACCCGUGGCUCCAGCUGGACAGCCUGGCUUGGGUUUCAGGCCUCACCUUCUGGCCUUAUUUCCCAGGUAACCCAAGCAGGCUGGAACAGCCAGGCUGCCCAGACACUCGGCUCUGGGGUGGGUCAGGCCAGGGACCUCGGGCAGGAGAGCAGGGCUCUUUUUAGAUACCAAGGGCUGAUGCCUCCCUUGCUCCCAGUCCUCCCUAUCCCCGCUUUGACACAGACAGCUUUCUAGUGUGCAGAGAAUUCACUUGGAAGCAACCUCAUGGUGAAAUCUUAUACUAAGUCAUGCGUGACUGCCACAGGAAGGCCAUUUCCAUUUUCUAGGCGCUGAAGGAGGGAUGGGGGCAGACCCUGAUAUUGUCCCAUUCUUCCCCAACUGAGAGUCACAGUUGCCCUUAACCCCUGUCCUGCCCGCCCCUUCCCAGGCUGCUGGGCGGAUUCCUGCUGGGCUGGGAGCCCCUGCCAUGUGCUCGCCUCCCUGGCAAUGCCUCUGUUGGGUCUCCUGAGACAUAUGGGCGUGAACACUAUGACUGAGCUUGCGGGGAGGCAGACCUUGCAGCCUGUGCGGGGAGGAGAGGGCCUCACGUCCGGGUCUGUCCUCCACCCUGAGCCUCCAGAGCCCAUCCGGUGGCGCUGCAAGGGCUGGGGCUGGGCGGGUGCCGCCUGGAGCUCCUGACCUGACCCAGCAGCAGCCUGUGCCAAGGCCCUCGAUGGCAGCGCAGCCACAUGUGACCGCCGGGCCCCUGGGGCACACGUGCCUGUCCCGAGUCGUCAGGCGUGCCGGGUGCUGUUUAAUAUUUAUUGAGUCCUCUCCGGGCUGAGCUGGAGACACAUCCGGCCCCAGAGGCUGCGCCCUGCCGGCUCUUGUGACAUCCGGACCUGACUCGAAGCCUGAUUUCAGCAUCUGUGGUUGCGCACGCACGCAUCGCGGCCGGCCCGGCCUGCCCUGGGACACCAGAGGGGGAGCCGGCCUCAGGCUUGUAGGUAGAGGGAAAGGGGGCCAGGCCCAGAGCGACCCACGCCCACCUGCCCACCGCCAGGAACCCACCUCUCCUGCGCCUGGAGAUGGCGACCUUGUGGAGGGCGCACUUCCAGAGACUGCUGUCCUCCGCUGCCCCUGUGGACUGAGCCUGGGGAGGACUCGGGCUCAGGCUCUUUGGUGGGAAGCUGUCUGUUCGGUGAAGCCCUGAAGCCCAUCAAAGGGUGGUUCGGGAACCAAGAGGAAUGAUACACCUGGGAACAAGGAAGCUGACCAACAAGAACUCCGUGAGGUCGAGGUCCCCGGCGAAACACCCCAAGACCUAUGGCACGCUGCGCAAGGCGCCCGCCGGCCUGGACCCCAACCCCCAGCAGGUGAAGAGGAUCUUCGCAGCCCUGAAGCAUGGCCUCAAGGAGUACCUGUGUCUGCAGCAGGCCGAGCUGGACUACCUGUCCGGACGCCACACGGACACUGGGAGGAAUUCCAGGCUGGCCUUCUAUUAUGACCUGGACAAGCAGACGCGCUGGGUGGAAAGGCACAUCCGGAAGAUGGAGUUCCACAUCAGCAAGGUGGAGGAGCUGUAUGAGGGCUACUGCAUCCAGUGUCGCCUGCGCGACGGUGCCUGCAACAUGCAGCGUGCCUUCUCCCGGUGCCCGCCGAGCCGCGCGUCCCGCGAGAGCCUGCAGGAGCUGGGCCGCAGCCUGCACGAGUGCUCCGAGGACAUGUGGCUCAUCGAGGGGGCGCUGGAGGUCCACCUGGGCGAGUUCCACAUCAGGAUGAGAGGCUUAGUGGGCUACGCGCGCCUCUGCCCUGGGGACCAGUAUGAGGUGCUCCUGCGCCUGGGCCGCCAGCGCUGGAGGCUGAAGGGCCGCAUCGAGUCUGACAACAGCCAGACCUGGGACUCAGAGGAAAAGGCCUUUGUUCCCACGCUGCACGAGAACUUGGAGAUCAAGGUGACCGAGCUUCGGGGCCUGAGCUCACUGGCCGUGGGCACUGUGACUUGUGACAUCGCCGACUUCUUCAGGACGCAGCCGCAGGCCAUUGUGCUGGACAUCACGGAGCUGGGCACCAUCAAGCUGCAGCUGGAGGUGGUGUGGAACCCCUUUGAUUCUGAGAGCCCCCUGGUGUCACCCAGCCCCACGGGCAAGAUUUCUCUGGGCAGCAGAAAGGGCUCCUUGUACAAUUGGACACCCCCGAGCACCCCCAGCUUCCGGGAGAGAUACUACCUGUCUGUCCUGCAGCAACCAGCACAGCAGGCCUUGCUUCUAGGUGGGCCAAGGGCCACCUCCAUCCUCAGCUACCUGUCUGACAAUGACCUUCAGGGCCCCAGCCUGCACAGCCGGAGUCAGGAGUUGCUGGAGAUGGACUCCUUCAGCUCUGAGGACCCCCGGGAUGCCGAGACCAGCACAUCGGCGUCCACCUUGGACGUGGGCUUCCUGCCCUUGGCCAUCGGCCCUGCCUCCACCGAAGAGGAGGCUCGGGAGGACCACCCACCCCUGGGCCUGGUCCCACUGGCGGGGAGCUCCUUUGUGGAGCAGCCGGGCUGGAGGAACUUGGAUGUGGAGAGCCCCAGCCUGCCCCAGGGGUUCCCCUUGCACAGCUGCGCGGUUCUGAGGAGGCAGAGAGAACAGGCAGAAGGAGAGCCCGGGGAAGGAAGGAACGGGCCAGCGGCAGCCCCAGAGCGGCCUCUGCAGGAGGUCCUGGAGUUAUUGAGGUCCACCGGCCCCAUGCAGCCCCGGCUCCGGGAGCUGGAGUACCAGGUCCUCAGCUUCCGGGACCGGCUGAAGCCACGCAGAGCUCGGCAAGAGCGCACCUCCGCCGAGAGCCUGGUGGAGUGCAUCCUGGAGAGCUUCGCCCUCCUCAGCGCCGACCUUGCUGCGGACCAGCUGUCCCUGUUUGGGGGCUCCGAGGGCCCCCGAAAGGAUAGGAUGACACCCCCACCGCCAUCACUGAAGGUGUCACCCAGGGAGCUCACAGCCGGUGCCCCAGAGCUGGAUGUGCUACUCACGGUCCACCUCCAAGUCUGCAAGGCCCUGCUGCAGAAACUGGUCUCGCCUAAUCUGCCCAGGAUGGUCGAGGACUGCCUUGUGGAGGAGGCCACGCAACAAAAGCAGGUUCUGGAGAUGCUUUCUGACCUGGAUUUUGAGAAGGCCAGCCAGGCGACGUCCGUGGAGGAGAUCCUUCCGCAGGCCUCUUGCAGGAAGGGCUGCCUGAAGCUGUGGCGGGGGUGCACGGACCCCGGGGGCGUCCUGUCCUGCCCUGCCACCAGGCUCCUGAGCCAGCUUAAGAAAAUGUUCCUGCACAGAGUCCGCGGGAAAUACCCAGGACAGCUGGAAAUAGUGUGCCGCAGGCUACUGGAGCAGGUGGUCAGCUGUGGGGGGCUGCUCCCUGCAGCUGGGCUCCCCGAAGAACAGACUGUCACCUGGUUCCAGUUCCACCGCUACCUGCAGAGGCAGAGCGUCUCAGACCUGGAGAAGCACUUCGCGCAGCUCACCAAGGAAGUCACGCUCAUUGAGGAUCUGCACUGCACCAGGCAGGCCAAGGCAGUCAGGAUGCUGCAGGGCAAGCGGCUCGGCCAGCUCCAGCCCCUGCCGCAGACCCUGCGCACCUGGGCGCUGCUGCAGCUGGACGGGCCCCCAAGGGUGUGCAGGGUGGCCAGCUCGCGCCUGGCCAGUGCGGUGAGGAACAGAAGCUUCCGAGAAAAGGCCCUGCUCUUCUACACCGACGCCCUGACCAAUGGCGAUGCCAGACUCCAGCAGGCCGCAUGCAUGGCACUGCAGCAGCUCCAGGGCAUUGAAAGCAUUGACCAGAUUGCCAGCCUGUGCCAGUCUGACCUGGAGGCCGUGCGAGCAGCAGCCCGGGAAGCCACUCUGUCGUUUGGAGAAAAAGGACGUUUAGCUUUUGAGAAGAUGGACAAACUUUGCAAAGAACAAAGAAAAGACUUUUGCCAAGAGGCAGAUGUUGAAAUCACGAUAUUCUAAAAAGUCCUAGCAGAGGAGCCCAGACUAGGUGUGUAGAAUUUCCUUGGUGCUGCCUAGCACCAGCACAACAGCGAGCUUUGGGUGGGCUGCUGGGCACUCCCCAAUUGUGAGCAGGCCAGAGCCUGAGGCUUGGAGCACCCACACAGCCCUGGGCACAAGUGGCACUGCAGGGAAGCAGAGGCGGGGCCACUCAGCACUUCUGAGGCUGCAGCCCUCCGCUCAGUAUUCCAUCUUCACCUCCAGGAACCUGAGCCUCCUCAGGAUGCAGCACUGGCACCAGCCGGCCAUUUAAGAAAGGCCUGAGGCCAGACAAGGCCUGGGACUGACGUGUGUGUGGACUCGGGCUUCCCAGUGAGCCGGUCACUCCAGUCCUACUUCCAUGAAUCCUGGCGCUGAGGAGGCAGCUGGUGGGCCAGCUGGCCGGCUGUGCUAAUGAAAGACUGUGGUGGCUCGAGUCAUUUCAACAGCAGCUCUGUCACCCUGGUGAGCUAGAGAAAGUGGGAGGCUCAAAGCCAGGAUUUCUACAACCCAAACUCAGCCUGAGCUACAGCCAAAUGCCAGGGGAGCUUGACAACGGCCGGCUGGCCCUGGGCCUUCUUGUCACCACAUUCAACAGCAAGAAGCGAAGACGACAAGAAUGUCAAGGCCUGAGCUGUCCGUUCUGGCCAUUAUGAAUCAAAAUGGAAUCUAACUUUCAAAACACAUCAACCUAUGGCCAAUUAAAUAAAUUGCUCCAGAAGCCAGAGCUGGUUUGAAGAAAGAUUCCACCAAAGAGCAUGUUACUUUAAAGAAAGAAAAUUUGUUUCCUAUUUAAGUGUAUUUAAAAAAAAAGAGUCCUGUGUCCUUAGAUGCCUGUGUUAGUAAUUGGAGCUGACUAGGGAUUUGAGCGCUGCUGUCAACAAUGGCAUUGGAGAGCUUUGUAACAAACAUUUUCAUUUAAACUUCCUGUAUAUACUUUGUGCCUUUGGUUUAACUUUGUAUUUAUUUGCCUUGUUCAUACGUUCCAAUUUCUGAAAUUUCAAAUAAAAAGCUACUUUAGUGGGUAUUUCAUUUCACCUGAAAAAA